GUUGCAGAGCAGCAGGAUCUCACUUGUGCUUCUUCACAGAAAAUAGAAAGCAAGGCGUUUGAAUUUACUGUCUUUACCUGGUAACAGCAAUUACAAAUGUUAACACAGAUGAGAAGAACAAGCCAAGCUGUGCUAAUAAUUUCGUAUGUGUUAAUGACUGUUAAAGCUUUUGAAAUGGAGAUUAUACCUGCUAACAAAAUUGUUGCACAGAUUGGAGAUACACUCAUACUCACAUGCAAUACUACUGGCUGUGCAUCACCACGUUUUUCCUGGAGAACCCAGAUGGACAAUCCCCUUGGAGGAACAGUGAACAACCAUAGAACAUACUCUACACUGACUAUGAAUCCAGUUAGCAUUGUGAAUUCUCAUGAUUAUCUGUGUACUGUCUUCUGUGGUGAGAAAGAGAAAAAAGAGAAGAGUAUCAAAGUUGAACUUUACUCUUUCCCCAGUGAUCCUAUCAUUGAGAUCAGCCCAUCCUUAGUUGCUGGAGAACCAGUGACUGUCAUUUGUAAAAUUCCUGAUGUGUAUACUUCUUAUUACCUGGAAGUACUCCUAAAGAAAGAGGAGCAUGUUCUUCAUGAGAAAAUUUUUUAUGAACAUGACAGCACAGAGACGAAAACAGUGACAUAUUCAUUUAAUCCCAUGGCUGAAGACAUGGGGAAAGAGAUUACCUGUCUGGCAAAGUUAUUUGCUAGUGAGGACUUUGAACCCACAGAAAGAGUAACUGCUCAGAAACUGAAUGCAAACUUUGGUCCACAAAAUACUAUCAUUACUGCUUCUCCAGGCAACUCGCCAAUGGAAGGAGACUCUCUAAAACUCACUUGUGUGACUGAGAGUAAUCCACCACCACAAAUAGUUUGGAGAAAACAUCUGGCUGAUGAAAGCAUUCACCAUCUGAUAGAAAACAAUGUCCUUUCUAUUCCCCAUGCCCAUUUCACUGAUUCAGGACUGUACAUCUGUGAAGUAAUUAAUCUGGCAACUAAUAAAACAGAGAAGGCAACUGUGGACAUUGUUAUACAAGGUGCUCCAAACAUUGCAGAACUCUCCAUUGAGCCUUCUACCACAGUUCAAGAAGGAGAAAAUGUUUCCAUACAAUGUUCUGCUGAGAGUAACCCUCCUCCCAAGAUUAUCUUAAGGAGAAAAUCUGACAGUGCAGACAUGGGACCUUACAGCGAGGGGAGAAUUCUCCAUCUUCCAUCUGUGACAUUCCUAAGUGGUGGAGACUAUGAAUGUGUAGCAGAAAAUAAGUUCGGGAGAAGUAAAAGUGAAAUAACACUUAAUGUGGAAUAUGGACCAAAGAAUACAAUGAUCUCUGUUGUCCCUGCUACUGCCGUUAAAGAAGGAGAAACUGUGACGAUGAAAUGUACUAGUUCUGGUAAUCCAGCUCCACUGAUCUCUUGGAAGAAAAAGAAGGCCACUGGGGAGUCUGAGAAAAUUUUUGAAGAUGCAACUUUAGUUAUACACAACAUAAAAAGUCAAGAUAUGGGGCUUUAUGAAUGUGAAGCUUAUAACCAAUUUGGCAAAGAAGAGAAAGCUGUGAAAUUACUUGUUCAAGUUCCUCCUCAAAAUAUUACUGUGUUAGUACAUCCAUCAGAAAAUGUUAAAGAAGGAGAAAAUGUCACUAUUACAUGUAGCACAUACAGUAACCCACCAUCACAGAUGGUCUUGAAAAAAGUCCAUCAGGAGAAAGAAAUUAUUCUGCCAUCAGUGAAUGGAACCUUUAUACUCUACAAUGUCACCAAAAAUGAUACAGGCAGAUAUUUGCUUGAUGUUUUCAAUGAGGCUGGAAACAACAUCAAAGUGAUUGACAUAGCUGUUGUAGGAAGAUUGGAAAAAACAGAUCAGAUGAUACCACUGAUUAUUGCAUUCUCCUCUGUAACAGCAGUAGCGGUACCUGUAGUUGCAAUUUUGAUCUACGUGUCAAGAAAAGCAAAGAUAAAUGGAUCCUACAGUCUUGUAAAAGCACUGAGGCUGAAAGUGUGAUUGCAUGAAUAUAAGUCUAAGUUUAUAAUAAGCAAUGAUAUUUAUUGUUGUGACUGGUUCUACUCUUCUGUAACAUACGGUAACAAACAAGUGACUUGAGAAC